AUGGUCGAACCCACUGCACGUAUACGCCCGUUCAAGGCAGAAGAUGAGAAACUUGCAAAAUUCACCAUUGCGAAGGCGAAUAUGGAGGGGCUGACGACGGCGAACACCAAAAGCUGGCUGCACCCUUUGACUAUUAGUAUAUGGGUGGCCCUGUCUUGCAUCUGGAUCGAAUAUAUGCAAUGGUGGCCUAACGCCCACCACGGCUAUGUCUCUUGUUUGAAGCCCCUGCCAGCAUUCGCUUGCAUCGCAGUACCCAUCUUAGCAUUGGCUGAUUGGAUAAAUCGACCGCAUUUCGAAAAAGUGCUGCAAACAAUCCUACGAAAGCCUGAUAUGCACGACUUGGCUGGUUAUUAUUCUCGUACCCCAGCCUCCGGUUUUUGGCUACUUGAAUACGGCGACAGCUUUGUCGGACUGAUUGCUGUCGAUGCAUCACUCGAUCACAACUCCAAUCCGGACGCUAAAAAGAAGCAGAGUCCCUCUACCGCUGUGAUUACUCACUUCUCUGUUGACGAAAAGUACCGGUCUACCGGCGUUCAGGAUGAUCUUCUUGCACAUGCUGUCCGUCAUGCGUUUACGUCUAGUCCUACCAUUCAGCGUAUAGAAGGCAUCGACAGUCCUCUGGUCAAAUUUACCGGACCUUGUUAUACUGUUGCAGGAUUCAAAAUAGACUUGGUCCUCGAACCAAUUGGCACAUUCAAAUGGAGGCCGAGGAAAAGAGUCCUGGAAAGGUCGGAAUGGGAGAAAAGAGCCCAGUAG